CAUCUUUAAAAAGAACCCCACGUGCCUGAAAACUGCAGCAGCUGGUUUACAAAUCGUUUUGCUUCGCUGUCCGGAGGCGGCAGCUUUUAGGGCUGAGCUGAGAUGUUUGAAAGGUGGAGCCCCGUUGACCAUGAGCUAUGGUCUCCUUCCCUGCCGCAGCCUUGCAAAGUUCUGUGCCUUAGGGUCAGAGGUUCCAUUGUUCCUGGAGCUGAGCAUGGGGCCAGCGGUAGGCAGCCUUCCUUUCUCCUGGGGAAGGCAGACAGGAGUUUAAAAGGCCGGUGCCCGGUGCCCCAAGCGGUCCCAGCGCCAGGAGCGACCCUUCUCUUUCACCUUUAGCCUAUUGGAGACCACUUAGAUAUUGAAGCGGACUGGACGACUGGAUUCAGGAAGCCAUGAAUCAUGUCAUCAGAAACGAGCUGCAGACUUUAAACUCCGUUCAGCAUGUGGAAGCGGCAGAGAAAUGACCUGUCCAGACAAGCCGGGGCAGCUCAUAAACUGGUUUGUCUGCUCCCUCUGCAUCCCUCCAGUGUGUAAACUCUGGAGCAGCCGGCGUCCCAGGACCAGACGGAACCUCUUGCUGGGCACUGCCUGUGCCAUCUACCUGGGUUUCCUGGUGAGUCAGGUUGGCAGGGCCUCCUUCCAGCAUGGGCAGGCCACUGACAGAAGCCCACCCCACAGCCGCGACAUCUCCAAGGUAUCCUUCCCUGAGAUCCCCCUGGAUGGUACCCUGGCCCCUCCAGAUUCACAGGGCAAUGGGAGCACACUGCAGCCCAACGUGGUGUACAUUACCCUACGCUCCAAGCGCAGCAAGCCUGCCAAUAUCCGUGGCACGGUGAAACCCAAGCGCAGGAAGAAGUAUGCCUUGGCAUCUCUAGCCCCUGGUCAGGAGGCGCUGGUUAAACCAUCCUUUAUCCUGCAGGAAGUUGCACCGGCAGCAGACGCUGAAGUACCUGGCUAUGAUCAGGGCUCCCUGACGAAGGUUGAAGAACGACCCUGGAGGAUGCUGCGUGGUCCUGGGAUCAGAACUGGGGGUUCAAACUUGCGGCAGCCUAGGGCGCGAGAGAGCAACAUUAGGAUUUACAGUGAGAGCGCCCCCACAUGGCUGAGCAAAGAAGACAUCCGCAGAAUGCGCCUGCUGGCUGAUGGUGAGGUGACGAGCAUCCUCCCAGCAGUUUCAAAGAGUGGUGCCCCCUUGCUGGUGUUGGAAGGGAGCACCUCAGGCUCUGUGCCUGGCUGCGGGCCUAGCGCCUGUGGGCUGCUCAAGCAGCCCCUGGACAUGAGUGAAGUGUUUGCCUUCCACCUGGACAGGAUUCUGGGUCUCAAUAGGACCCUGCCAUCUGUGAGUAGGAAACCGGAGUUCAUCCAAGAUGGCCGCCCUCGCCCUUUCAUUCUCUGGGACUCAUCUCUAGCAUCAGCGAGCAAUGAUAGCCAUUCUUCUGUUAAGAUCACCUGGGGAACUUAUCAGCAGUUGCUAAAACAGAAGUGCUGGCUGAAUGGCCGGGUUCCCAGACCUGAGUGGGGCUGCUCUGAAGUCCAUCACCACGAGUGGUCCAAAAUGGCUCUCUUCGAUUUUUUGUUACAGAUUUAUAAUCGCUUAGAUACAAAUUGCUGUGGAUUCAGACCUCGCAAGGAGGAUGCCUGUAUGCAGAAUGGACUGAGGCCAAACUGUGACGACCAGAAUUCUGUGACUUUAGCACACAUUGUCCAGCGAAAGAAUGACCCAAGGCAUUUGGUCUUCAUAAACAACAAGGGCUUCUUUGACAGAAGCGAAGACAACUUAAACUUCAAACUGCUAGAAGGCAUCCGAGAGUUUCCAGACUCUGCCGUUUCUGUGUUGAAGAGCCAGCACUUGCGCCAGAAGCUCCUUCAGUCUCUCUUCCUUGAUAAGGUUUACUGGGAGAGUCAAGGAGGAAGGCCAGGCAUCGAGAAGCUCAUUGAUGUGGUCGAGCAGAGAGCCAGAAUCCUUGUCACCUAUAUCAAUGCACAUGGCGUCAAAGUAUUGCCUAUGAACGAAUGACGAAGGGCCUUCUGCCUCGAGGGCUGCACAUGUGUGACUUUUGGGUUUUCUUAAAUACAGCACAUCAACAAUAAGUAUUUCUAGGAGGGAGGCCGCAUAUCUGAAUAUACAAAACUGACGCAGUAUAUAUCAUAAACCAAGUAAAAAAAGUUUGCAGAGUUUAAAGAUAUGCAUAUUCAAGGAGUAUGGGAAUAGCAUACUGCUUGCAAAAUGCCUGAUGGUAUUUUUUGCCUGAUUUUCUGGCACAUGUGUCUCAGCAUUGUCAUUACACAACAGCCCCAAAUAUUAUUCACAUUAAUCUUUAAACCACUGUCAUGCCAUCUGAUGGAGCAAUAUCAACCAGAGGCACUGACUUUUCUCAUAAACCAUUCUCAUGCCAUUUGACUAAUCUGACCAGCUCCCAGCAGAGAGUUUAUUGACAUUAUCUUGAUGAUGAUGUUACAACCAUUUCCCUAUCCCUAUCCAGAAGCAAUUCUACAUCCCGAAACUGAGACACGUGGGCUGUGAAAGCAGCAGAGUCGUGAAACACCUUAUAAGAAGACAUGGUAAUAGAUUCAUUCGCAAACCAGCAGUGUGUUUUCCUAGAGUCCAUAAACAAUCAGGUCAACCAAAAUCUCAUACCCAUUCCUUUUAAGAAAUCAACCAUCACCAUAGAAAUAUCUGCAUGUAACACUGGCUAUAUUAGUUCACUUUACUCUCUUAAUCUUGAUUCAAUUUAUGUCUGGAGUUUAGAAAACUAAACCGCUAUGAGACAUGAUGUUACCUACUUGAAAACUUAUUUUGUGGCUGGGCGGUGGUGGCGCACACCUUUAAUCCCAGCACUCGGGAGGCAGAGGCAGGUGGAUCUUUGUGAGUUCGAGACCAGCCUGGUCUACAAGAGCUAGUUCCAGGACAGGCUCCAAAACCCACAGAGAAACCCUGUCUCGAAAAACCAAAAAAAAAAAAAAAAAAAAAAAAAGAAAACUUAUUUGUGGAAUCUCUUAAUGUUCUUAUAGGUUGGUUGGUUGGUUGGCUUUUUACAAAAAUCGUUAUAAUGUCUCGUGUAGUCCAGGCUGACUUUGAACUCCUUAUACAUCUGAGGAUGUUCUUGAUCUUCUGGUGCUCCAUCCCCCAAGUGUUAGGAUUACAGAUGUGUGCCACCAUGCUCAGCAGUGUCUGCUCUCAGUCUCAGAGUUUCGUUCAUGCUGGAUAGGUGCUGUGUGAUUAAGCCCAUGACCCCAGCCCUCUUUUGUUGGUUUGAUUUUAGUUUUGCAAGACAAAGUUUCUCUGUGUGUAGCCCUGGCUGUCCUGGAACUCCCUCCGUAGACCAGGCUGGCCUCAAACUCACAGAGAUCCGCCUGCCUUUGCCUCCCGAGUACUGGGAUUAAUGGCAUGUGCCACCAGCGCCUGGCUCCCAGACCUCUUUUAAUGACUGUUUAGUAAAUUGCCAUUUUAUAAAGGAUAUGCUGUAAUUUCUGCAGUUUUUUUAAUCAUAGACUUCUUUUGUAUAAUUAGGUUUCAUCUGAUUUAAUUGUUGUUAUCUAGGAAUUGAUGAUAAGUUCACAUAUUAAAUAUAUUAUGUCGAUCAAUUCAAUAUGAGAAAUCUCAAUGAAAUCCAACCUGCGUGACUGGAUCUUUUCAAGACGAGCACACGACUAGAGAACAUGGGGCAACAGAUUGGCAAAAUUAAGCCUCAAACAAUUCUCCCCUAAAUCCCUCUGCCAGCUUUUAGUUUGGUUGGGAUGACAGAGGGUACAGUGUUUAUGCUCUGAAUUGUUCUGUCCUAGGGAAAUGUGCAACGUUGUUACAUUUUCUACUUAUAGGGAGGCUCUGAAUCCAGAACCAAUUAUUUCUCUCUCACUUUUAGCUCUUCUGCCCCUUAUUUAAAAGCGGAUUGAUUAACCUGAGGUGGUGAUGCAUACCUGAAUUCCUAGAACCCAGGUAGCUGAGAAGGAGGAUUGCAACCCUGAGGCCAGUCUGGUCUGCAUAGUGACAUCCUGUCUGAAAUGCAUCCCUCCCUUCACAAAGGCUGACUUAUUGACUGUUUCUUUCUUUGGAAAUUUAAAAAUAAAACGUUACAAUUUUUUUCAUAUUUGCCUUCUCUUUUGUUUUCAGUUGUUGUUCCUAACCUGCACAACAUUUUCUGUAUUCCGAUGAAGAAUAAUUUAAUACAACAUGAUCUUAAAAAAAACACAACAACAACAGUAUAGGCUACAUCAUAGAAGGAAAACGUUUGUGUAGGUGCUAAUUGAUACAAACAUCCCAACCUAUGCUAACAGAAUCUUAACUAUAACCAAAGAUAGACAGACCAAGGGGAGAGGCAGCCUCUGACCCUCUUAUUCCAAGCCCUGCAUUUAAUGUCAUAUGUGUUUCCUUUCCCUUGGAGUGUUGACCUUUGUCAUAUCUCUUCAAUCCCCCGGACUGUGACCUGAGUCUGACUGUGGCCCUGGUCAGUCCCUAUGUUGGCCUCUGUCUAUGAGUUUUAUCUCAUUAAUCUUCAUCUUCGUUAUCCUUGCAUGCACUUGUACACCCCACUUGACUUAGAAUUAAAAGAAUUUCUACCAAGUUGUCCCAUGCCUUAUCAAGAUGACCUAUGUUCAUUUUAAUACUUCUUUAUUUUUAGAAAAUUUACCAUUUCAUCCGCAUAGUGAUAUUAAUUUCAGGCACUGUGAGCAUCUUAAAAGCUUGCUUUCAUGUGUCUGAAGCUACAUUGCCUCUGGGUGGCAGCCUGGCCUCCCACAGGUGGGUCAGACUGUUUUUGCUUAAUUAUUUCAACAUGCUUGAUACUAAACAGAAAGCUCAAAAACACUGAUUAUUUUUGUAAUUUUUCUUUUGAGGGUUUAUUUUUAAUUUUAUGCAUAUGUUACAUGUGUUUACACAUGCAUGUGUAUGCAGUACUCACGGAAACCGAAAGAGGGCAUGGGAACCUCUGGAGCAGUUGUGAGCUACCUGACUUGGGUUCUGGGCACUGAACUGAGGUCCUUUGAGGGAGCAGUGUGUGCCCUCAUCAGCUGAGCUUCUCACCAGUCCUUCCAGUCACCCUUUAACACUGUAUUUUAUUUUGUAAGCAGUAAGCAAUCAGCGGUGCAUUAGUUUUGAAAAAUAGCUCCAAGCCAACCUUUGCGUUCUAAAAGUAACAAGUCUUCCUUUAUUGACAUGAUGAGAAUGUUUUGUGCGUUUCAGAUGUGCUCAAAUUCGACUGUGAUUUGGUUUGCGUUAGCCCAUAUUGUGGUUUAUUUGCUCUGUUACAGCAGGCUUAAAAUAGAAGAAUUGGCCUUGGCUCACAUACAAGUGCUUAUUCUUCUGUGAUAUUUUCCUUUUAGUGGAUAUGAAAAUGCACACAUCUUAGACUCUGUAAUAAAAUGUUCCAAAUUAAAGUUGUGAGAUACUCAUGUGUGUGUGUGUGUGCGUGUGUGUGAAUGAGUUUUACUCCAAUCUGUCUCUGCUUUAUAUUGUCCUUUGGAAGAGCAAAUAAUUUGCUUAAAUUGGAAAACAGAACAAACAAUACUUGUUUGUGGGAAGGAUGUGAAAAAAGAGACAAUUUAAGGGCUAAGACGUCUGCCUGGAUCAUGUGUGCACACAUUUGAUGUCAUAAGUCAUGAUCACUAUGCUUUCUCUUGGUGUUUGUAAGCACUGUAGGGUUGACAAAAGAAAUUAGUUAGCAGGUACCAUACAUCUUAGGAAGAGAUUUAACUUUUGGUUAACUUUCCAUGGCUGGCAUGAUCCUUACAGUAUGUUUAAAGUCUCUUUCCUAUCAUUUAUAUUAAAUAAAUUUGUUAAGUACUUAGGGACUGAUAAAAAUGUAAAAUAUCCUAGACUUAUUUUUAUUUUUUUUUAUCUCUGGACUUGAAUAAUGAGGUGUUUAUUAUACUAUAUCUUUAAAUAUGCAUUAUAUUACAUGUAAUGAAUAAAAUAUUUAGAUGGAAAUUUAUAUGCACAUUGUUUU